AUUUGGUCGUCGCCGCGACUUGUCGGUCUUUGCGGUGUCGCUCAGGCCCGCGCUCGGUCCCCGAGGCGGCCCCGUCGAUCCCCGGCCCCGGGCACGACCUCGUCGGUCCCCCGGCCCCGGUCGACGCGUCCCCGGUCGCCGUCCCGCCCUCGGCGCGGCCGCUCGAGGCGGUCGGGCUUCAAGGUCGUCGUUGGUGACCCCGCGGCGGCGUUCCCGGUGUAAACGAUGUCGACGAUGGCGGCCACGUCGGACGCCGUCGACGCCGUGCUGGAGAAGCUGCUCGCGGUGCGGGGCGAGCGCCCCGGCAAGCAGGUCGCGCUCGAGGACAACGAGAUCCGCAUGCUGUGCGUGCGCGCGCGCGAGGUGUUCAUGAGCCAGCCGAUCCUGCUCGAGCUCGAGGCGCCGAUCAAGAUCUGCGGCGACAUCCACGGGCAGUACCACGACCUGCUGCGGCUCUUCGAGUACGGCGGCUUCCCGCCGGAGGCCAACUACCUCUUCCUCGGCGACUACGUCGACCGCGGGAAGCAGUCGCUGGAGACGAUCUGCCUGCUGCUCGCGUUCAAGAUCAAGUACCCGGAGAACUUCUUCAUCCUGCGGGGCAACCACGAGUGCGCGUCGAUCAACCGCAUCUACGGCUUCUACGACGAGUGCAAGCGGCGGUACAACAUCAAGAUGUGGAAGACGUUCACGGACUGCUUCAACUGCCUGCCCGUGGCGGCCAUCGUCGACGAGAAGAUCUUCUGCUGCCACGGCGGCCUGAGCCCCGAGCUGCAGCAGAUCGACCAGAUCAAAAAAAUCAUCCGGCCGACGGACGUGCCGGACACGGGCCUGCUCUGCGACCUGCUGUGGAGCGACCCGGACAAGGACAUGGUCGGCUGGGGCGAGAACGACCGCGGCGUGUCCUUCACCUUCGGCGAGGACAUCGUCGCCCAGUUCCUGCGCAAGAUGGACCUGGACCUCGUGUGCCGCGCGCACCAGGUCGUCGAGGACGGCUACGAGUUCUUCGCGCGACGGCAACUCGUGACCAUCUUCUCGGCGCCCAACUACUGCGGCGAGUUCGACAACGCCGGCGGCAUGAUGGCCGUCGACGAGACGCUCAUGUGCUCCUUCCAGAUCCUCAAGCCCGCCGAGAAGGCCAAGCGCCAGGCCAUCGGCGCCGCGAGGCCCGCGACGCCCCCGGCCAGGAAAGGCCCCUAGGGCGCGCGCCGCGCCGACGGCCGCGCGCCGCCGCCGCCUCGCGCCGCCGCCGCGCCGGCGGCGGCGGCGGCCGACCCGACGACCCGCCGCGCGCUCUCCGAACGCCCCCCACAAACUCCGCGCGGCGGACCCACUUCGUCCCGACGAAACCUCCUCGUAACGAACGUACUUACCU